AUGUCAACGCAAUCAAAUGACUACGUUUCUGCUUCCUCUGGAAUGGCCUCCGAGAUAUCAUCCGAGGUUUCUUCGAUAAACUCUUCGCAGCUUGCAUCAUACUCCAAGGCUUCUAUUACUGGUCCGGUUCCGCGUUCUGAUCUGCACAGCAUUAAGUCGAACGAUGGCUCGAGAAAAUUGUCUAUUAGCAGGACCUUGACAAACCGGCUUAACGACAUUAAAAAGGCUGUUGAUGACGACAACAUGCAGACGGAAGAGACGUCUGCAGAUGUUAAUAAAAUAUUAGAAUCGAGAUUCGACGUGGCCGAUGCCAUUAGGCUACAUCACAAUGAGUCAGUGCAGUCAAAGCUAAACAUCCCCGCCACGCAUACUACCACCGGAGGCGCCUCGUCGUCGACACAAUCUUCUGCCUCUUCUAUUCAAAAUGACAUCACAGGACAUAAAGCCUCCAUGGACUCCAAACUCAUGAGAAAUAGAGUAUAUCCGGCUUCCACCAAAGGCUCCGGCAAGGAUCUCGAGGCCCAGGGAAUAUCAGAGUUCGAACCUGAUGAGCCGACUGUAAAAAGAGUAUUUACUAACAAAUCUACUGGGCAGCUAGAGCUGCCCCCUGACGGUGGAUAUGGUUGGGUCGUCGCAUUCUGUGUGUUCUUGACCAUGUUUUCCACGUGGGGCUGCAACGCAUCUUUUGGUGUCGACCUUGCCUACUAUCUAAACCAUGAUACUUACCCUGGCGCCUCCAAAUAUGACUAUGCCUUAAUUGCCGGUCUCACUGUAUUCCUGGGUCAAAUCUUGUCCCCUCUUGUGAUGGCACUGAUGAGAAUAAUUGGUUUGCGGACCACCAUGCUUUUUGGUGAUGCUGUAAUGCUUGCCGCAUAUCUCUUGGCCUCCUUUACAACCAAGUUAUGGCAAUUGUAUCUCACCCAAGGUUUCAUGAUCGGCUGUUCAAUAUCGCUGAUUUUCAUUCCAGCAACAACAGUCUUACCAGGAUGGUUCCUGAAAAAAAGAGCCGUCGCAAUGGGUGUCUCAUUAUUGGGUACCGGUGCUGGUGGUGUCGUCUACGGCUUGGCCACAAACAAAAUGCUUUCUGAUUUCGGAAAUACCAGGUGGUGUCUUCGUAUUAUAGGUAUAUCGUGUAGCAUAAGUGUUCUCGUUGCCAUUGCGCUUUUAAAAGAAAGGAACCCUACACCUCCCGUAGGGUUGAAAUCACCUCGAGCCAUGUUUGAACAACUCAAAGCAAUGUUUUCAUUAAAGGUUAUAACUAAACCAUUUGUGAUACUUAUUGCGCUAUGGUUCAUGUUCGCGUUAUUUGCCUACAAUUUGAUGGUUUUUACUCUAUCUUCAUACGCAAUCUCGAAAGGGUUAUCAUCGCACGACGCCACCACAUUGACUGCCAUUUUAAAUGGUUCCCAAUCCAUUGGAAGACCUCUGAUGGGUUUGGCGGGCGAUAAAUUUGGUAGGGCAAAUGUAACGAUCGUAUUAACCACUUUGUUAACAAUAUAUAUGUUUGCCUUCUGGAUCCCCGCUCAUACGUUUGUCCAACUGAUCUUUUUUUCAAUUUUAGUUGGCUCAUGCGUUGGUGUCGCCAACGUGAUGAAUACUGUCUUAAUUGCCGAUAUGGUUAAACCUGAAGAGUUUUUGCCCGCUUGGGCCUUUGUUAAUUACUGUGGUGCCCCAUUCUUACUGGUUUGCGAGGUAAUUGCACAAGCAUUGACGGUCGAGAAAGAUAAGAGCAACCCUUAUUUACAUGCGCAGAUUUUCUGCGGUUGUUGCUUUAUUGCUGCACUAAUUUUGAUUUCUAUUCUUCGUGAAUAUUCCAUAAGGAUGAAAUUAACGGAAAGACAAGCAAUGACAGACGAGAAGUUAAAAGAAUGGAAAGCUAGCGAAUACGAUACCGAUUCUGCCGAGGAAGAUUGGGAUAAAUUAAGAGAAAGAAAAAAUAAAUAUGAUAUUCUUUUAGGUCCCGGUACUAAAAAAUACUUCCUGAGGAUGGUAUAUCCAAUGAAAGUCUAG